AUGAUUUCUCCAAUUAACCGUUUACUGCGAGAAGAUGAUGAACAGAUGGAGACGGUCGCAGCUAUUCUGAACCAGAAGCCAGGGAGCAUACCUUUUGUUCUCUUCGGACCGCCUGGCACUGGCAAAACGGUUACGAUCGUCGAAGCCAUGCAACAGCUUCUCCUCCUCAAUCCUGAUGUUCGCAUCCUAGCAUGUGCACCAAACAAUUCAGCUGCAGACUUGCUCGCUCAGAAACUCACGAAUCUUGGGAGACAAGCAAGGGGGCAUUUUACACAUAUAUUCAUUGACGAAGCUGGUCAGGGGAAGGAGCCGGAGAUCAUGGUGCCGAUUAAGAGUAUUGCGAACGACGAGACGAACAUCAUUCUUGCGGGUGACAACAAGCAGCUGGGCCCCGUUGUUCACUCUCAGCUUGCCGGAAACCUAGGGUUGAGAGUGAGCUACCUCGCGCGUAUCAUGGAUCGAGAGAUAUACGACCUCAAGAAUGGAGGCUCGGGAGUAACAAUCGUGAAGCUUGUGAAGAACUUCCGAUCGCAUCCUUCGAUCUUGCAGUUCUCCAAUACUCAUUUUUACAAUUCAGAGCUGCAGCCAUGCGGAGAUGCUGCCUUGACUCGCAGCCUCGAGAACUACGAGGAGCUUCCGCGCAAGAAGUUCCCAGUCAUCUUCCACGGAAUUAUAGGCAAGGACGACCGCGAGGCAUCCUCUCCCUCUUUCUUCAACAUCGAUGAAGCUACUCAAGUGAAGAAAUACUGUCUAUCACUCAUCAGUAACCGCAAGAAUAGCAUUCGCGCUGAGGACAUCGGUGUUAUCACUCCAUAUCAUGCUCAGAGGUGUAAAAUCCUCGACCUGCUGAGAAAGGAUUUCAGGAUGCAGGACAUCAAGGUUGGAAGCGUUGAGGAAUUCCAAGGUCAAGAACGACGGAUUAUCAUCAUGUCCACUGUGCGAAGUAACACGAACUACGUGACGUCUGAUAUUAAACGAUCCCUGGGCUUCGUCGCCAACGCCCGUCGUCUCAACGUUGCGAUAACUCGGGCUCAAGCGCUCCUCAUUGUGAUUGGCAACCCAAUCGUCCUGUCACUUGACCCGCUCUGGAGGGAGCUGCUCAAUUACAUUCACAUCAAUGGGGGCUGGGAAGGGAAACAGCUCGACUGGAACCCGGAGGAGGCAGUGUCGGCAGAAGCAAGGUUCGCAGAAGAUAGGCGGACGAAUGCUGAGCGGGAGGCGGAGGAAACGAUUCAGAGGUUGAAGGCCAUGAUUGUGCAGAGGCAUGAGGAUUCGGACUUGGAGAUCGAUUUUGACGAUGACGACGACGACGAUGAGGCUGCUGCGUUCGAGCGACCCAUCAUUCGUGAAUCUGAGUGA